AUGCCUUUGUUCAGAGGUCGUGUGAUAAUAUGUGGAAGCGGCUGUACGCUAUUCACAGUACCGAGUUAUGGCCCAUAUGCUACUUCAAAAUCGGCUGUUUCAAAGUAUGCUGAAGUUAUCAGGCAUGAAUUGACACCGUAUGGAAUUAACGUAAUCCUGAUACAACCAGGAUCAUUCGAUAGUGGAAUGCAGGAUACAGAACGUUUACUAGAAAUGAUGCAGAGCAAAUGGGACUGCUGUGAUGCCAGUUUACGAGAGGAGUAUGGAGAGCGUUUCAUUAGACGGGUGAAAAAAUUCUGCAAAGUAUUUCAACAACACGGUGUCUCAAAAGACGUCAAAUGGGUUGAAGACACAUAUUUCAACGCCUUAGUGGCCAAGUACCCUAAACCACUAUAUCGAAUUGGUUGGGAUACAAUUCUGUUGUAA